AUGGAUUUCCCGACUGGAAACCGGAAAUCUCACGUUGCCGCUCCGCCCGUUGUGGACCAACGUGUCGAGUAUAUAAGCGUUCUCGACGAUGACCCGGACAAAUUUAUGGUAACCCCCACGGGCAACUGUUCCACGUCGGCGGCGUUAUGUUUACAGUUUCUGACACAUGUCGCCAAUCUUGCCGUCGACAGCGCUAUGAAAGGCGUGGCGCCGGAACCAGUGUAUACGACAGCAGGAACUGCAGUUCAGAUGCACCCAGCUAUGUCAUCAUGGCCGAGUUCGCCUGCAGUAGCACCCAAAUUCAGCUCAUACGUUGAAGCCGGAAGCAACGUGCGAGGUCUCAACUCACCAACACUUCAUCCAGGGUCAUUCGAACCUUAUUUGGCUCCAAAUACUUAUCGCCUCUACAGUAUGCGCUUUUGUCCAUAUGCUCAGCGUAUGGUAAUCUAUGUGGCAAAGAAGAAUUUACCGGUUCUGCUAUUGACAACUGAGUUAGUGUAUGGAAUCGGAAAUGAGGUAAUAUGGGAAUCAAAAGUACUCGCUGAAUACCUUGACGAAGUGUUUCCCACGACAUCGGUACUUCCACGGGAUCCAUUCGAAAAAGCACAACAAAAGGUUAUCGCCGAACGCCUCUCACCGCUGAUGAACGUUUUAUUCGACUUGUUCAACUCGAAUACGCCCGCAGCCCAACGCAAAACCGACAACUCUUUGCAUUCGGCGCUCCGUGGCGCCGAAGCUUUGCUUAAAGAUAGUUUUUACGGAGGUCGAACACCAGGAUUCCCUGACUACAUGCUAUGGCCAUUUCUGGAACGACUUGAGCUCAUCACGCUCUCUCCUUAUACACAAUUC